AUGAUGGACCCGGAAACAGCCAGGUUGAAGGCCUAUUUUGAUGAUUAUUACGAUCAAUUCAUUGAUGGCCACAUGGAUGAGAAUUUUACUAAUACCAAUAUUGACCAUUACAUUUCAACUCUUUUCAGCCGAAUGGAAUCAGAUAAACCACCACUACCACCUGCGACUGUUGCCACUGAAUGUGUUAUUAGUAUUGCAAAUGAGAAGGAUGAUAGUCAUAAUUGUAACAAUAAGAUCAUCAUUGAAUUAUUAAGCUCCUUCUACUUGCAAACUCGUCGUGAUCAACAAGAGGUUGAAAUUUGUGUCUACUUUGAAAAAACAAAUGCAGAGCAGUGGCAACGAGUGUUUACUGCCACUGCUACCCUUGAAAAGAAGGGUCGAUAUAAUAUGAAAGCUUUUAGCAGAAAAGAACUCAAGAAGAGGCUUAAAGAUCAACCUGGGUAUAAGGUAAAUCAAAAAGACAAAUUCUAUUUAGUGAUUGGUCAAUUCAAAUUCGUACUGGUUUCGAAACAACGUGAUAAGGUACCAAAAUGGCACAAUCUAAUUGUUGUCAGUAAUAGAGAAGUCGUUUCUUCCGAAUACUCUUUCACUAAUUUCACUAAUAAGGCCCUUAUCCCAGAAUUCAACUUUGCUAAAGUUAAUGAUCAGCUUAGCUUUCAUUGA